AUGAUCUUUAUUUGUCGCCAUCUUGAUAAGGGACUAAAGAUCGAGUACUUAAUGGUUAAAGAUCUGUUAGCUCUCUGGAAGGCCUUGAGAAACAGAUACAAUCACCAGACAACGAUGAUUCUUCCAACAGCUCGCUAUGAGUGGACUCACCUAAGGAUCCAAGAUUUCAAGUCAGUGGCAAAGUACAAUUCUGCAUUGUUCAGAAUUACAUCUCAGAUGAAGCUCUGUAGGGAUACUAUUACUGAGAAAAAUUUGCUAGAAAAAACUUUCAACACAUUUCAUGCCUCUAACAUGCUCCUGCAGCAACAAUAUAAAGCGCGAGGCUUUAUUGAAUACAACCAGCUGAUAUCUGUGCUCUUGGUAGCUGAACAAAACAAUGAGCUCCUGAUGAAAAAUCAUCAGUCCCGACCUACACUGCACCAUUCCCAGAAGUGA